AGCACACUCCCAAGUGACCUGGACAAUAAAGCUCGCUCGGCAAUUUACCAACGACCACUGGCACGUUUCGUCCCGAAAGCGAAAGCGACGAGACGGCGGGCAGAACGCAGCAAGAAGAUGGUCGCCACUCACACAGUUACACUUCACACCACUGAACGGAUCGAUCUCUCUCUCCCUUUUCCCUCUUUCUGGCUUCUGCCGCCGGCUUUUCCACCUCUUUGUUUGGAAAUGGUAUCGAUGGCCGAUCCAAACCCCGUCCCCAGCGUCCAAGCCACAGCUAUAACAUUAACAACAACCUCCUCCUCUCAUAUGCACCACCACGAAGCGGUGCAGUAACCAGUGACUACUGGCGCCAGUGUGAGUGACUGAGUGUGAGUGUCUCAGACCGGCAGUGGAGCCAGCAGCAGCAACCAGCAGAGCAUGGCCGCGCCCAAGAGGAGAUCAAUCUUCAGAAGACUGGUGGUGCCGCCGCCGCCGCCGCUGUUCUUCUUCUUCUUGCUCUUCCUGAUCGGCGUUAUCACUGACCGGUGUGAGGCGAGAGCGCUGAGGCAGAGCAAGAGGAGCUCCCUGAUGAUGGACGCGCUGUACAAGCUCAACUUCAUCAGAACAGUGGAGCCCGCGUACCUCCCUCCUCCUCCUGCUGCUGUUGACGCAAACGCGAGCAGCGAAGACGCCGCCGACGCCGCGAGCCUCGCCGGCUCCCCGUUCUGCGUCAACCCUCCGAACGCGCCGCCAUCGUCCACCACGCCUCCCUUCACCUCGACGUCGCCGUCCACCACCACGCCUUCCGUCCCGGACGACGGCCAGCUGCCCCCGCCUCUCCCGCCCAUCACCCCCACGCCGCCGCCGUCCUUCGGGGAGCCCAGCCCACCGUCCGGCACCGGCUUCGGCAGCGGCACCCCGGGCUCGAGCCCAAGCCCAGGCCCAGGCCCGCCGUCGGAGUCGAACCCGCCGCUGUUCGGCCCGAGCACGCCAGGGACGGCCCCGCCGAGCCCGAUCGAGGUGGUGCCGAGCCCGCCCGACGACCAGUCCGGCCCGGGAUCGGGAUCGGGCUCUGGCUCGGGCUCGGGCACGGGCGGGUUCAUGCCACCGAUCAUCUACCCGCCGCCGCUGGCCCCGCCGACGGCGCCGGCGGAGCAGUCGCUGUGGUGCGUGGCGAAGCCGACGGUGCCGGACCCGAUCCUGCAGGAGGCCAUGGACUACGCGUGCGGCUCCGGGGCCGAGUGCCGGCCCAUCCAGCCCGCGGGGGCCUGCUCCCGCCCGGACACCGUGCUCGCCCACGCCUCCUUCGCCUUCAACAGCUACUGGCAGAUGACCCGCGCCGCCGGCGGCACCUGCGACUUCGGCGGCACCGCCACCAUCGUCACCAGCGACCCAAGCUAUGACAGGUGCGCGUUCACCCUUGUAUGAGGGCAUAUUAUUACGCAGAGAAUGCAGAUGGAUCGAUGAGCGGAUUUUUUUUUCGACGUUUUGUUGAGAAUUAUUCUAUAUUCCAUUUGUUUCUAGGCCACACAGAAAUGCAGAUUUUGUAAGUAGCUGAUUAAGUGAUUAGUGUUGUUUUGAUUAUGGUAAGCUAGACUGAUACUGUGCAAAGCGAUUCCUUCUCUCUUCGCUAUUAACUUUCAACCACAUUAAUUUACACAAUUAUUCAACGCAAA